UUUUUCUCCCCUUUCCACUACUAUAUUCUCUCUUCCCCUCUAUAUUACUCUCUCUCCCUCCUUAAUUUUCACCUCUCCUCCUCUACUCUAUCCUUCCUUCCCCUCUAAACUCUUCUCCCCCCCUCUCUCUCUCUCCAUAACAACAUGAACCGGCAAGGCGGCCGCCACCGUCCUCCUCCGAUGGCGGCGGUGCACCGCGACUCCCGCGCCAUCUCCAAGCCCAUGAUCAGCAAACCCCAGAUCAAGAUAUGGCACGUCCUCCCCCCGGAGAUCAUCCACAUCGACGCCGCCAACUUCCGCGACCUCGUCCAGCGGCUCACCGGACCCGACCCUGCAGCCGCCGCGCCGCACCAUACAAAGAAGACUGCCAGAACAAGAAAUCCGCAGGCCCAGAACGCCGCUGUGCCGCUACCGCCACCGCCACCGCUACCGCCUGCAGAAGCCUCAGAGCCGAGCUCAUCAUCCUCUCAUGGAGAGGAGGAAGCAUGCAUAUGGUAUGAACAAGGGAUCAAACAAGAAGAAGAAGAAGUAGUAGUAGUAGAAGAAGAAGAAGAAGAAGAAGAAGAAGAAGAAAAGGAGAGGGUGUUUUGGAUGGAGGAGAGUAGAGGGUUCUUGAGAGCUCUUGAGGAGGAUCAAAAUGGUGAUGAUGAUGAUGAUCAGUUCCUCCUACAAGGCCUUGGUGAUUUCCAUUUGCUCCCUUAUUUGAUCAAUGGAUAGUUACAACUUAAUAAUAUGUUAAAAGCACAGGAGCGAGCAUCUGUGCUUGUGAUUUUUUAGCCGACGAACUGUCUCAAAGUUCGUACAGUACUAGUAAAGUAGACUUAACGGGACACAUCGUUAAUAGUGCUGCACAGAUCUUGAGACAAUUCGACGGCUAAGAUGUCACAAGCACAGGAGUUCAUCUCUCUCUCUAUAGAUGUUUAGUCAUAAUUAAGCAGUAGUAGUGAAUUAAAUUUUAA